AAUAUUAUUUUUGGAAUUACAAAUAAAUCUCAAUGCAAAAUAUGUGAAAGAACAUCGGAAAUUUCCAUAAAUAUUGAUUUUGAUAAUAUCAAUAGUGAAAAUAUUGAUAUUGAGAAAUUCCUUAUUUCUACAAGAUCAAAUAAUAAAAAUAAUAGUAAAAUUGCAGAUUAUAUAAAUAAUAAAAAUUACGAUAACCCAUUAGAUAUAUACAAUUUUAUUGAAAAUAAUCUUAAGAAUACACAAAUAAUGAGAUGGAUUCCAUAUUCUCAAAUUAAAAAUCUUGAAAAAAUAGCAGAAGGAGGAUUUGGUAUUGUUUAUAAAGCAACGUUGUUAGACGGUAGUAAAUACAAACAUGAUGAUUUUUUAAGUAUUAGAAACAAAAAUAAGCUUGUUGCCAUUAAAAAGUUUCUAAAUAUACAAGAUAUAAGCAAUGAUUUUUUGAAUGAGUUAAAUUCACUUCAUCAGUGUUAUAAUAAUCGUAUAAUUAAGUACUAUGGUAUUACAAAAGAUCCAAAAACAAAAGAAUAUAUGAUUAUAAUGAAUUAUGCAUCAGGAGGAGACUUACAUAAUUAUUUACGGAAAAAUUUUAAUGAUAUUACGUGGGAUAAGAAAUUAUAUAUUUUAUGGCAAAUUACAGAGGGACUUAAAUCUAUUCACGAAAAUGAUUUUAUACACCGAGAUUUUCAUAGUGGCAAUAUAUUAUGUGAAAUAGAAACUAUUGGAAAAUGGCAAAUUGGUGAUUUAGGGUUAUCCCAACCUGCAAAAAAUACUUCAAUUAAUAACGAAAUUUAUGGUGUUAUACCUUAUAUUGCACCAGAAAUAUUUAGGGGUUUUGCUUUUUCAAAAGAAUCCGAUAUUUAUAGUAUGGGUAUGAUCAUGUGGGAACUAACAACAGGGUGUAAACCUUUUGCUUAUAUUGAACAUAACAUUAACCUUAUUUAUAAAAUUAUUGAUGGGGAACGACCUAAAAUUACAUGUGAUACACCAGAAUGUUAUGCUAAUUUAAUGGAACGUUGCUGGGAUCCUGAUCCUUCAAAAAGGCUUUCCAUAAAAGAGAUUUGCGAAACUAUUUAUUCUUGGUCAUUUAAUUCAUUUAAGGAUGAUGUUAUUAGUGGUCAAUUUAAGCAAGCCGAGAAAACCAGAGAAGAAUUAAUAAAAUCAAAGAAAAUUAGUCCUGAAUUUAAUGAAAGUUUGCAUGCAAAAGCAAUUUAUACGAGUAGACCUUUAAGGUCUUUUAUUUCUAAAUCAUCAUUCAUUAAUUCACUAUCAAAAAGUGAUAAGUUGCAACCAUCGAUUGGAAGCAAUAAAGAAUAUGUUACAAAAGAAUACUUGCUUGAUAUAAAUCAUAUUCAAAGUAAAACAUCGAGUUCACUGAAUUCUUCAAGAAAACGUAAUAUUGAAGAAUUAACAUCCGAAGUUCAGUGUAAUGUAAAACAGGUUAAAAUGGAUAAUAAUUUAAACUCUGAAUCUAUCAAUUAAUGGGAUUUAUACAACUAAUACAAAUUAUGCUGACGUCAGCAUCUCUAAUUUUAUUAAUAUGUUUUUAUUUAUUUAAGAUUUUAUUUAAUUAGGAAUUUUAUUAUUCUAUGAAUUGUAUCAUUAUGAAAUUAAGAUUUAUUUUUUACGGUACCUUCCAUUUUUCAUUUCGGCUU